AUGUUAAUCCACGCCAUUCUCCUCACAGUCCUGGAGGGGGCUAUAAGCCAGCAUUUGCGGUCGUCGAGCUUCGUCGAAGAAAACCUCCACCGCUCACAAGAUGAGAUCACCGGUCUACUCGGGUCGCCAACUAUCUGGCCCAAGUCGCCAGUGUUUUCACCAGAGUCUAAUAUCCGGCAAGUCUACCCACUGAGUCUGUCUACCCCUGCCAAUAUCUUAGUCUUCAUUCAUUCUAAAAUCGAAUUAGUGACGAUCAACGGCAGGGAGUAUCCCACUCACCGAGUGACUUAUCAGGCCUUCUAUCGUGACCUCACGCCCGGACUAGGCAUCAGCCACACAGUCCACCUAGCACAGCGCUCUAAACAGAACAUCAAUCCCCGACACCUCGUUCAGGAACUGCGGUAUAACAGCAGGUCUCGAUCGACGUGUUUCGACUUUACGGAGGUCGUGAUUCGUAGCUGGAGGAUCAGAUUCUUCGGGCAAGGACGGACGGCUGAGGAGGUUUCUGGCUUCAUCAGGGAAAACAAUUUUGGCUGUCAGUGGUGGCAUGAGGGUCACCCGUGUGACUGCUAUCCCGAGCUGUGUCUCGAUCCUAUGUGGGCGAUACGGCCUACAUCAGAAUUUCAGGCAGCUUGUGCCUCGCUCAGGCGAGAUUUUGCUUCGGUCCAUUUGUCCCUGGUUGCACUCUCAAAUUAA